CUGGCAGCCAUCGUUUGCAGCCCUGCCCAAUGCAGCCCUGGCAGUAUACGUGUCGUGUCGUCGCUUUCUCAUUCGUUUUGUUAUUUUUGGGCUGAGAGUGCAAUUGUGCUUCACAACAACAACACAAGAAAAUGGCUCCACCACAGAGAAUGCGCGUCGCCAACGAGAAGGCCAGCAAAUAUGUGACAAUGCGUGGCAAUGUACCCAAAUCUUCGAAAACGAAAGAGGGACAAUAUCCCGUGGGUCCAUGGCUCCUGGCGCUGUUCAUCUUUGUGGUCUGCGGCUCUGCCAUAUUCCAGAUCAUUCAGUCGAUACGCGCCGCGUAAGGAAAAGCUCCAGCCGCAUCUGGAGGAAGAUAAUAGACCUUUCCGGAACCUCCACUUGCUACUACUAACACCUUCCCUAGCUGAAUAGUCCCCGGCAACAUGUGCAACCAGAGGAUGACCCCAAACCACUUGGCUUUAUUUUCGUGUCUGCAAUAUCUACUCCUAUAAAAACACACACAAAUUUUAAGUCCAUUUAAAGCAUUUUGCAUUAAUUAAUUUAACUGUAAGCUCUGCAAUGUGCAUUCCUGCAAUUUUCUCCUAAGCACUCACACAACAAAAUCAACUGAAUAAUGAUCCCCGAUCAUUUAUAGGCGAUAAAUGCAUUUUUAAGAUGCUUCUCGGCGCAGUUUUAAAUAGUGCAAAGUGUUAAAGCGUUGUUUUCUAAUGCAAAGACGUGUAGAGAAGAAACUAUGAGUACAUAACAAUGAUGAAUAUAUGAUAAUUUUUUACCUAA